GUAAACUUCAGUAAAUGAACGAAAAGUAGAGGACAUUGUAACCAGUGAGAAGAUCAGCAAUUAGACUAAACUCAAAGCCGAUUGGAAUUCCACGUUCUAAAGAGCACAUCGACCACGUCGCCUCAGUAACUAACGACCAUACCCCAAGUCUUACACGCGAAGUAAUUCCUCCGCAUCUCCAAUUUCUUCAGGUUGCUGUUGCAACGAGGGACUGGUGGAAUCUCUGUGUCUCAACAAGUUUGAAGCUAUAAUUCUGAAAUGAGUCAGAGAGGCUUAAUAUAUAGCUUUGCUGCGAAAGGAACCGUUGUUUUAGCAGAGCAUACAUCAUACUCGGGGAACUUUAGUACCAUUGCUGUUCAGUGUUUGCAGAAGCUGCCUUCCAAUAGCAGCAAGUACACAUACUCAUGUGAUGGGCACACGUUUAACUUCCUCCUCGACAAUGGGUUUGUUUUUCUUGUUGUUGCAGAUGAAUCGGUUGGGAGGAGUGUGCCUUUCGUGUUCCUUGAACGGGUGAAGGAUGAUUUUAAGCAGCGUUAUGGGGCAAGUAUAAAAAAUGAGGGCCUGCACCCGCUUGCGGAUGACGACGAUGAGGAUGAUCUAUUUGAAGACCGAUUUAGCAUUGCAUACAAUCUUGACAGAGAAUUUGGGCCAAGGCUUAAGGAGCACAUGGACUACUGUAUGAACCACCCAGAAGAAAUGACUAAGCUUGCCAAAUUGAAGGCUCAAAUAACUGAGGUCAAGGGCAUUAUGAUGGACAAUAUCGAGAAGGUUUUGGAUCGUGGGGAGAGGAUUGAACUUUUGGUUGAUAAAACAGAGAAUUUACAGUUCCAGGCUGACAGCUUCCAGAGGCAAGGCAGGCAACUUCGAAGAAAGAUGUGGCUGCAGAAUCUCCAAAUGAAGCUGAUGGUUGGAGGAGCAAUCUUCGUGGUGAUUGUCAUACUGUGGCUUAUUGCCUGUCGAGGUUUCAAAUGUUGAUGGGGGAAAAGCAAAACGGAGUAUUCAGCAGUAACUUCUGUUCUUUUUGUAUUUGGUGUACAAAUUGUUUUUGUUCAUGUAUAUGGAGACUGAUGCUGGAACCUACAACCUUACUGCCUGUCUUCUCUUGCAAUUAAACCUCUGUACUACCGUAUGUUUUUACUAAUCUGUUCAUAAAUAAUCAAUGGAUGUAGUCUAUAUAUUGAGCA